GCCGGGGGAGGGGGGUUCGUUGGCGGCCGCUCCGACUGGUGCGGGAUUGCGCGGUCUAGCGGUGCUGCCCAUCGGACGUGGGGCGCCAUGGCCAAGUACGUGGAGUUGUGCACCAAGGCCAAGAUGCCCAUCCUGGGACUGGGCACCUGGAAGUCUCCACCAGGGAAAGUAGCGGACGCAGUGAAGAAGGGCAUCGAUGUGGGAUAUCGCCACUUUGACUGCGCCUACGUGUACCAGAAUGAAGACGAGGUUGGCAAUGGAAUCCAAGAGAAAAUCAAGGCAGGAGUAGUGAAGCGUGAGGACUUGUUUGUUGUCAGCAAGCUUUGGUGCACAUUCCAUGAGAAACACCUGGUGAAGGGUGCAUGCAAGGCAACCCUGACAGCCCUGAAAUUGGAUUACCUGGACCUUUACCUUAUUCACUGGCCUGUGGGAUUCAAGGCUGGUGACAAUCUGUUUCCUGCUGAUGAAAAAGGCAUGACUAUACCCAGCAACACCAACAUUCUAGACACCUGGGAGGCCAUGGAGGAGCUGGUGGACGCUGGGUUAGUGAAAGCCAUCGGCGUUUCCAAUUUCAAUCAUGAACAGAUUGAGAGAAUCUUGAACAAGCCUGGAUUAAAGUACAAACCAGCAAAUAACCAGAUUGAGUGCCACCCUUAUCUCACCCAAGAAAAGCUGAUCAAUUACUGCCAGUCCAAAGGGAUUUCCGUCACAGCGUACAGCCCCCUCGGCUCUCCUGACAGGCCGUGGGCCAAGCCAGAGGACCCAAACCUCCUGGAUGAUCCCAAAAUCAAAGAGAUUGCUGCUAAGCACAAUAAAACUGCAGCUCAGGUCCUGAUCAGAUUUCAUAUUCAAAGAAACGUAAUUGUGAUUCCGAAAUCUGUCACCCCAGGGCGUAUUGAAGAAAACUUUAAGGUGUUUGACUUUGAGUUGUCCAAGCAGGAGAUGGAAACCAUUCUUGGCUUUAACAGGAACUGGAGAGCAUGUGCCCUGAGCUCGUGUAUCAAUCUCAAAGAAUAUCCUUUCAAAGCUGAAUAUUAAAGCCCCAUUCUGCAAGUCACAGACAACGGGAUGUCCACCUGAACCCUCUUGUAUUGUUCGUCUGUUCUCUUUUCACCGCAUCUGGAAACCUCUGCUUUUCCAGCAUAGGUUCAGUAUGUUUUGAGUAACAAUGGGGGAGUGUGAAUUGUAUUGUCCUCCUCAUUAAACACAAACAUCUUUCCCAGAAUUCACAGCUGGACUGCUACAGAGGUGAACAGUAACUUUUUAAGCUUUUUGUCAUCACUACUUUUGAUUCAGCCUAAAAAAGAGGCUCGUUUCUAAAAAAAGAGGCAUGCUUCAUGUCUCGUAGAAAUCAAAGUUCAGUGCUUUUGCGUUAAAAUUACUGGAUGGCAUGCUACCGCUUUUCUGCUAAUAGAAGAGGGAUGAUCUUCUCCAGUUCUCUUCCUCGCUGCUGCUAUCCAACCCAGAAAGCUUUUUGUUCAUAAACAUCCUCCCCCGGGGAGGAUGUGUAUUUUUAUACAUCACAGGAAGAAUGAUGGAAAAGUUCCUCAUCCGUCAGCAGAGUGGUUGCAGGAUAUAACUCGGUGUUUCUAGACUCUCCUCUGUGUUCAGAUUGGGAAUUUUUGUAGUUGUGUUAUUUUGUGCUCAAUUGGCUCAUGGUUUGCUCUCCCCAAGGAUUUUGAAAUGUAUGACAGUAUUGCUUCUAAUAAAAUCUCUCUAGUUA